AUGGAUGAGUCUCUGUCACUGGACGCGUUAAGCGAAUCGUGGGGCCAGCGACUUUUCGCUCUGGGCGAUGACGUCCAGGCUGUGGAGAGUGGCUUGCUCGCCGCCCGUGGCGUAGCUCGCCUUUACGCCGAACAACUAAACGAUUUCAAUUAUGCCGUUUCCUUACCCGCGGAGAUUCUUGAGGCCAUCUUUCUCUCUGUCAAGGGUCCCAAGGAUGACGAAGAGGCGUCUAUCAAGUUACCAUACACUCCCCAGCGCCGCCGAUCGUGGUCAUACUCGCCACUACGGGCCCCGGUGGUACCUACUCGGGCGUCAAGUUGGUCCCCUGGCGCAGAAUGGGUACUCCUCACGCAUGUCUGUCGCCGUUGGAGGCAGGUGGCCGUCGGGUACCGUGACCUCUGGGCCGAUGUUGAUGCCCAUACGUACGGGGGUCUGUUUUGCCAGGAGAUGAUAUCACGCAUUGGUUGUCGGGAGUUCUCGCUGUCUGCCAAUAUCCAGACACAUAAGGAGCUUCUUCUGGAUGUUCCUUUGAGAAAGUGUUUUCUUACACAACUAUCGAGUUUGACACUCGAUAUCGAGCAGCGCACUGUCACUCACCUCGGGGCCUUCCUUGACAAUCUAUUUCUGUACAUGGUUAAUCAGCCGAGCCAUGCCGCUCUCAGGUUCUUACGGUUGAACGGGCGCUCUUCAGGGAACCUUUCUUGGUCGACAUUGGCGCCUAUCUUGCCCACCCUUACCUCGUUGCACCUCGUGCAUAUCAACAUGCGAGGCCGUAUCCCGACAUCACUGUCGAUGCUCGUUGAGCUGACUCUAAGUCACAUCGAUCUGCAGCCGCACGCGGGGUCCGAUGGCCCAAAUGCGCCACGUAUCGUGAAACUAGUUUCCGCCAUGCCUGUCUUGAAGUCUAUCGCAUUCAUUGAUUGCUCGUUUGACUCCUUCACAUGGCAUACCAAAAUGAUACCGCUUCCGGUUACAGUUCAACUGGCCCACUUCGAAGUCAGCGACAGCUGGAGAAUAUCGCAGUGCCGCAAUCUUUCUCGCACGCUGGCACAAUCUGGGGGCGAUCGCGUAUUCAGGCUUAGGACCUCAUCAGAGCAUAGCGCUCUCCCGUUAUUCUCAGCUGUACGGGAUAUUUUGGAGGGCGACUGGGACUUAUAUGUGCAUGAAGUCGCCGUCAAGCUUGUAUCCAGGCGCGAGCUCAACGUGUCCGUCGAGUUCAGACGUGCACAUAGCGCCAGGGAGCCGCGGCCGUACCGCGUUUGCUUCCAUGAAGUCUCGCCUGACAGCUGGCGGGACUUCUGUUCCUCCGUUGUGGACAUUGAUAUGGGAGAUGCGAACUUGCACUUCAUAUGUGACCACAAUCCACGCCAUCUCGAUGAAAGCAACCUCCUGACUGGGUUCCGACGGCUGAACGUGACAUCGAUCUAUCUUACGGGCUACUACGGUGGCCAGCUUGCUGUCAGCCUAUUUAGCGCCUUGCGCGAGUCUGACCGGCAAGAAGAGGAUGCUGUUGGUAAUGAUGGAGACGAAAGCGCAUUGGCAUUCCCAGGACUGAGAGAUAUUUGCGUGGAGCAAUAUGCUCCAACCGACUACGGCUACGGCUACGGGUCGGAUAGGAUGACGGAAGAUCUAGACGAAUCCGCAUUGGUCUUGUUGUGGUACGCUCGCGAGCGGCUUUCUCGUCGACUAAGACCAGUCCGAACUGUGGCACUCCCCGCGGGCCUCAUGCACAGACGCUGGGUGGCCGAACUCGACGACCUCCUCGAGGACGGAGUUGUCUCGUACGACGUGCACAUGAAGGAGAGCGAGGUGGAGACGACGGAUUGCAGGGCGGUCGUGCUGUAUCGUCCCGUGCUACGAGCGUUGGCGUUCUGGGAGACGUGGCUGCUUGCCAUCGCGCCGGGUUAA